AAACAGAUCAAUUCGAAUUCGAAUUAAUAAAUAAAGAACCUCCUAGUUCCCCUAAUAAAGAAACCUUCAUGAGCGAUGAAAUCGCAUCCAUGUCCUCAGAUAACACAAGCCCACAAAAAAACACAAAUAACCCAAAAAAAAGAGCAAAUAACCCACGAAAAACCUAG